CUCUGGACUGUACAGCAAACUCAAACGAUGUUAGCUUUUUCGCAAAUGUGUAAUAAAAUCAGCUAAUAACAAUAUACAACUUCAGUGUAUAAAACAUAAUAUAUAAAAGUGCAACUGCACGUCUGGGUUUGGUGUUUUUUUUUUUUUUUGGUGAGCUUCGUGUUUUGGGGCAUUUGAUGGAGACGACGCCCGAGUGCUAACGUUAGCUUAGCGAAGCAGCCCGCCGCCAUUACCAGCCGACAUAAGCUAACACUACUAACAGGCCUUAAGGCAGCUCAGUCUUGUUAACCCUGGCGUAAUGCAUUCGCUGGCUCAGGAGAUCCAGGGCUUCUCCAAGAACAGUCUGAAGAAACAGUGUACCCAUGUUACCACGGUGACAGGCAGGAAGCUGCUGGAGAGGAGGAGUGACGGAGGAGAAGGAGGCGAGCAGGUUGAAGUGCUGGAGGAGGGAAGUGGAUGUGGAUUUGUAGAAGACAAAAGUCUGGACCUUCAAGUUGGCAUCAUUAGACCCUUCCUACUCCUGGCCUCUCAGGAUGCAGCCCAGGACUUUGACACCCUGCAGAAACAUAAGGUGUCUCAUGUGCUGAAUGUGGCCUACGGAGUUAAUAACCUGUUUCCAGAUCAGUUUGUUUAUAAGACUCUCGAGAUCCUGGACCUCCCAGACACCGACAUCACAACAUAUCUUGGGGAAUGCAGUUCCUUUAUUGAUCAAGCACGAGAACAGGACGGUGUGGUGCUGGUUCACUGUAACGCAGGUGUAUCACGGGCAUCCUCCAUUGUGAUUGGCUAUCUGAUGUUGAGGGAGGGACUGAAGUUUGAUGAUGCGUACGGCCAGGUGAAGCUGGCAAGGCCGUCAAUUUGCCCCAACCCCGGCUUCUACCGGCAACUACAAAACUACGAACCUUAAAGAUGAAAUUGUUGAUCAUUUGCUAUCACCUUCUAAGUCAUUAAAGCAAACCGUUUCCUAUGUACGGAUUAAACCAAUGUGGAGCUCAA